CCUCAUCCGUCCGACCGUCCCACCGCCGCCGCCCGGAGGAGCUGCUCUCUCUCACCGCUGCUCAAGUUCACAAAGCUCGCUGGCUGUGUGGAGUUCACACCAGUGUGUGUGAGUGUGUGUGUGUGUUUGUGUAUGUGUCUUUUACCCGGACUAUUGUUUUGCUUUUGGAUGCACAGACGGACUCCGGAUCAGUUUGAGGUCUUAUUUUCUAAACUUUUUAAACUUCUCUCGGGGUUUGCGUCUCCUCUGUCCGGACUGUUUUCUGUUGAUGGCGCGCUCUCACCAAGAUGGACACGAGUUGUCUGCCGGUUGGAGACUAGAUAACGGCUUCACUCAUUACCUCUAAAUGUAGACUUUAUUUAAUUAUCCGCUGAAAACGUUUUAUUUAUCAACUGGAUGUAACCGGACUGGGCCAUUUCCACCCCAGAGGUCACAUCCUAUAAUGAACAUUUUCCCUCGGUGAACUUUUCCCACGACUCGACAUGUCGGGAGUGGUCCGCACGCUGAGCCGCUGCCUUCUCCCGGCCGAGGCCAGCCGGGAUCCGGGCAGCAGCAAGGAGAGGAGCCGGGAGAGGGACGCGGCGCAGGAGCGGGAGGCGCGGCGCAGGAGCCGUGAGAUAGACGCGAUGCUCGCCCGUGAGAGGAGAGCUGUCCGGCGGCUGGUGAAGAUCCUCCUGCUCGGGGCCGGGGAGAGCGGAAAGUCUACAUUCCUCAAGCAGAUGCGCAUCAUUAACGGGCAAGAGUUUGAUAAAAAAGCACUUCUGGAUUUCCGGGACACCAUCUAUGAGAAUAUACUGAAGGGCAUGCGUGUGCUGGUGGACGCCCGGGACAAGCUGGGCAUCGGCUGGCAGAGCUGUGAGAACGAGAAGCAGGGCAUGCUGGUGAUGUCGUGGGAGGGACGUGUGGGAGGCUCGGGGGUCGAGCCAAGCGAGUUUCAGCUGUACGUGAUGGCGCUGAGCGCGCUUUGGGCAGACACCGGCAUACAGGAGGCCUACACACGACGCUCUGAGUUCCAACUGAGUGAGUCAGUCAAAUACUUCCUGGAUAACUUGGAUCGCAUUGGUCAGCUGAACUAUAUCCCAAGCAAGCAGGACAUUUUGUUUGCAAGGAAGGCAACUAAAGGCAUCGUCGAGCAUGAUUUCGUCAUCAAGAAGAUUCCCUUCAAGAUGGUGGAUGUCGGAGGGCAGAGGUCCCAGAGACAGAAGUGGUUUCAGUGUUUCGACGGGAUCACAUCAAUACUCUUCAUGGUUUCAUCGUCGGAGUACGAUCAGGUCUUGAUGGAAGAUCGAAGGACAAACCGUCUGGUGGAGAGUAUGAAUAUCUUCGAGACGAUCGUCAACAACAAGCUCUUCCUCAACGUGUCCAUCAUCCUCUUCCUCAACAAAACAGACCUGCUAGUGGAAAAGAUUCGCACCGUGGACAUCCGCAAGAACUUCCCCGAGUUCAGAGGAGACCCACGUAGACUGGAGGAUGUACAGGCGUUCUUGGUGCAGUCGUUCAGCCGUAAGAGGAGAAACCGGGGGAAGCCGCUCUUCCACCACUUCACCACUGCGAUAGACACAGAGAAUAUUCGUUUCGUCUUCCACGCUGUCAAGGACACCAUCCUGCAGGAAAACCUCAAAGAUAUCAUGCUGCAGUGACCUUCAUGCCGCAGACGACGGCUUCUCUGACUGUAAACUGUGAAACCAGCCAUGAAAUCCAGACCUGGAGGACACUACAGCUCGCAAGUGCAUAUUAACACUGACCUGUGGAGCAGCCAGUUGACCCACAAUGUGGAUUUGACUGAACUCUGAAUCUGUGGAGCCCCUAGUGACUCUGGACCUGUCGGCCUACGUCGACACCUGUGGAAACCCUUUAAGAGGGUCAUAGAGGACAAGAGCCUGCAUUUAACCUGUAUAAAUGUGUGUAUGCUGGAAAGACAGUGACCUUCUCCUCUCAAAUGUUUAAAAGAAGAAAAAAAUAAGAAAAAAAAAUAGAGAAAAGCACCAACUACAUGACAUGAGCACUGAAAGUGUUUUUUUCUCAGAUGUAUAUAUGACUAAUGACAACCCUGUCACUAAACCACGUCACACUGCUGCCGGUUUAAAUGUAGCUGUGUGAGCAAAAGAAUAGAAAACAGAAGAGAGAGGGUGUUGGGCCCAUACUGGUCAUAUGCUAUGUUAUGUGAUAUGGUUGCACAAGUGUUCCUGUCAGUGAACUUUAGCAGAGGGAAUAAUCUCUUCAUGCUCCCUCUUCUCUCCUGUGCUGUCUUCACUCUCUAUCUUAACCUCUCCUCUGCUGCUCCCGCCAUCAUACAAGAGAUGAACAGCUGCAGAAAAGUAGUGUUAUCUCUCCUCUCCUCUCUUCUCCUCUCCUCUCCUCUCCUCUCCUCUCCUCUCCUCUCCAGCACAAUAGACAGAUUGUUCGUCUCCUCCCUCUUCAGCAGAAACAGUAGACCGUCAAAUUAGAGACUCUUAGCAGUUCAGAAACGCUCACACAGAAACACACAGCUCCCGGUUUUGCAUGAAUUAUGGUUAAUCUCUAUCCCGAUGCCUUCUUCUGUUUCCCACCAACAUCCCAGUGGAAGCACCACAACAGCUUAAACUUAAACUUGAGGCAUAUUCUAAGUAUCCCCUUUUACAAGAAAAGGUUUUGGUGUACGGUUACUACUCAUUCCUGUUCUUUUGUCUUGUAAACGUGAAGGGAAAAGCAGAGAAUGACAGGGUUGAACUGUAAGUGAACUUAUUCCCAUGUUGCCAGUGGCCAUUUUGGGCUUUUGUAGCAGUCGGGGUGGGAAGUCUACCAAAAAGAAAACAUUAAAAAUGAAGCAAGUGACCAAACCAAGCCAGAUUAAACAAAUAAUCCCUUGUGGUUGUAAACCCUAUUUCACCAGUUGGAGUUAUCUGGUUAUGUAGCAUAAACAAAAAAAACUGUUGCUAUGGUUACUUACGGUUUAAUAUAUCUUUCGCACUGAUUUAUGAUGGUGGUUAGACUGUUCAUGUCUGAGGUGUCCUCAUAACUGCCAACUGACCAGAAACAUCCUUAAAAUUCGAACCCGCAUCCGUUCCUGGGAUUCCCCGAAUCUUUUUUGUUUUCACGUGGAGAAUCUGUAAAAUGAAAAAUGUCGAUUCGAUUCCCAACAUUUGCAUGUUUUGGUACACAGCAGUAAGACACAGCUGGGCUACUCCUCCCACCCUGAAGUCCACAUGGCCUUGAUGGGAAUAGGCUAAUCAUGAGCACUUCCACACGUCGUAUUAUAAUACUGUAUUAAACUGUGUAAUUUGUACGCAUUUGUGUGUGUUUGCAUAGCGACUUGUGACUUUUUUUUUUUGUGCAUGUUCAUACGUUUUGUACAUAGAAUACUGUAAGUAUUUGACUGACACUGUGUCUAAUCUUACAAUACAAACACCACUCUGUCUAACAGCAUCACUGUAACUGUAACAUUGCUGCAACAUUUGUCGUUAACUAACCUACCUUUUCCACUCACACACGUUUUUGUUUUUUUUGUUGUUGUUGUCAAGUUUCGUCAUUGCACUGGAUGUGUCCGAGAGAAAACAACCAGAAAGGAAAACGUCUGGGGGAAGAAAAAAAAAAAGGCAAUGAAACAAAUAAACAGACGGCAGACUUAUAAAGGCGAGCAGGAUGGAGGCCGGAGAUGAAAAGAUCGAGGUCUUCUGCUUGUUUUUUGUUUCCCAGUGUCUUGGCUCUGUGCUCUGUGGUGAAAUACACUGCCGUUUGCUGA